AUGGAGAUGGAGUCCGCGGGGACGGAGAUCAGCUUCACGUUCCCCGGUUCUGGAUCUGGUGCAUCCAAUGGAUGUAGCGGCCCGGCAGUCUCACCAGAUUCGCCGCGGUUUGCAAGGCAUCCUCGAUCCCUGGGUGCAGUUCGUGAGGUCGCCGAAGAUGAUCCCAGCGGCCGAUUCCCAGAUUUAUUAGAUAUAGUUGAAGUUGUUCUGCGCCCAGAUGUCAGCGAUUCAGAAGAGAAUAAGCCCAGCAGGGCGGAGAAUGUGUAUGUAGCCCUGGACGACAAGGUUGGAUGGGUUAGCAGGAAACGGCAGGAUGUCAUGCCAGACGAAAGACCAACAAGUGCAGACAGGGUCACCGCGCUGGAAAAAGCUCUAACCGGGUUUGCAGAUAGGGAUUCAGAUUCUGUUGUGACUCCGUCCGUUGGGCUAUCAUUUGACUCGAUAAAUGAGGCAUAUGAAUUCUACAACCUGUAUUCUUGGGAGUGUGGAUUUGGUGUUCGCUAUGCAAAGAGCAUGACGAAUGUAAAAGGGACAAAAUGCAUGCAGGAGUUCGUCUGCUGCUGCUCGGGCAAACCAAAAGAAGCAAAUUCGAAGUCUACAUGGUGUCAAUGCCAAGCCAUGAUAAGGCUUCUCCAAACGGACGACGAAGGCUGGUACAUCAACGAAUUCAGAGUUGAGAAUGAGCCGUUCACCAAGAGAUGUUUAAGGACUCUGUGUGGGAAGCUUAGCAGGGAGCAAGCUGAUGACGAUGUGCGAAAGACAAUGGCUAUUUUUUCCGAAAUGAAAGCACAAGACAGCGAGUUCACAUACAACGCUCAGGUAGAUGAUGAGAGUAGGAUACGGACCCUUAUGUGGACGAAUGGGCGUAGCAAAACACAGUACCAUCACUUCGGUGACGUUAUCACCUUCGACACGACAUACAAAACAAACCUGUAUGAUAUGCCAUUUGGUCUGUUUGUGGGGGUGAAUAAUCAUUUUCAGAGUGUGCUUUAUGCGAGACGAGACCGAGGAUACAUUCAAAUGGAUUUUUGACGAGUUCGUGAAGAUGAUGGGUGGUAAAAAACCAAUUACUAUUCUAACAGAUCAAGCUAGAGCCAUGGAAAAGGCAAUCGAGGAGGUGUAUCCUGAAUACACGCAUCGGUGGUGCAAAUGGCACGUGCUGAAGAAGGCCAAAGAAAACCUGGGUGCUCAUUACACCAAGAAGUCAGAUUUCAGGGCUGAAUUCCACAAGCUUGUGCAUGAGAUGCUGACUAUUGAUGAAUUCGAGGACGGCUGGGCAGCAUUGCUUGACAAAUAUUCAUUGGAAACAAAUCCAUAUCUCAUGCAGAUCUACGAGACUAGGCAGAAGUGGGCAAAACCUUACUUUUCCGGGAAAUUCUAUGCUCGCCAAACCAGCACUGGCAGGAGUGAGAGUGCAAACCAUAUGCUGAAGCAGUAUGUCCCCCCGUCAUGCUCAAUGAAUCUAUUUGUCAAGCAAUACAACAAGCUCCAGUUCGACCGAGAAUAGGAGGAAGGAUU